ACCAACUAUACUAUUCACAGCCUCGUUAUUCAUAGAAACCAUUUGAGGCUGGAUAGGUUGCCUAUUCAUUGCAUAUAUCACCGAAAGUCAUUUUAAUCCCCUGCCGGCCACAUCGUAUAUUUGACAGGCGGGGCAACGGUCCCGAUUUCCGAAUAAGAUCAUCUAUUUUGGCGAACACGACGUAUCCGGUCGACAUCUCCAUCGGCAAGAUGCGGACACGAUGUACCAGAGAGGGAAUCUAAAUUCGGCUGCGUAAGCCCCUUCAUAAUAUAGUAGAUGUGGAGGGCUGCUAGAAGACUGCUUCACGGUCGGAGCAGCAUAAAUACAGCCAUGCCUCUCUCCCCGGCCCCUCCACGACUCGUAAGCUGUUCUAUCUUCUAUUUCGACCUUUAUACGCAAACUAGCGCGGCACUUAUCUCACAAUGUCUUACCCUGAAAAUGUUGGCAUCAAGGCCAUGGAAAUCUACGUGCCUGCUCAGUGCCUGGAUCAGUCACUUUUUGAAAUCCACCAGGGAGUUUCAGCUGGCAAAUACACCAUUGGCCUCGGGCUUGAAUCGAUGAACUAUUGUACUGAUAGAGAAGAUGUCUGCUCUCUCGCGCUCAACGCCGUUUCUUCUCUUCUGUCAACGUACAAUAUUGAUCCCAACUCCAUCGGACGCUUGGAAGUCGGCACUGAGUCGCCUUUCGACAAGGCAAAGUCGGUCAAGUCAGUCCUUACUCAGCUGUUUGAGCCAGCUGGUAACACAAGUUUGGAAGGUAUAGACACCGUCAAUGCUUGCUAUGGCGGUACCAACGCACUCUUCAACGCUGUCAAUUGGGUGGAAUCUCGCUCAUGGGAUGGUCGUGACGCCAUUGUGGUUGCAUCGGAUAUUGCGAUAUACAAGGAGACUGCAUCCCGUCCCACAGGCGGUGCUGGAUGUGUUGCCAUGCUAAUUGGCCCUAACGCGCCGUUGUCGUUAGCGCCAAACGUUCGUGGAACUUACAUGACCCAUGCAUACGACUUUUAUAAGCCUGACUUUUCGGUCGAGUAUCCAAUUGUCAACGGCCAUGAGUCGAUUCGAUGUUAUAUUAGCGCCCUGGAUGGCUGCUACAAGAAUCUUCAGGAGCGUCUUCAACAAAAACAUGACAAAAGCAACACUAGCACCAACGGAGUCAAGCCGGACUACGAGACCGGCCGAGUUAUGGACCUCUUUGAUUACAUGGCCUUUCAUACUCCCAACUGUAAGCUUGUGAGCAAAUCUUAUGGAAGAUUGCUGUACAAUGACUGCUUGAUGUCGACAGACGAGGCGGCUUGGCAGGGAAUCCCAGAAGAGCUGCUCAACCUCCAGCACCAAGAAUCAUUGACGAACAAGAUUCUAGAAAAAACAGUUGUGUCGUUGACCAAGGAGGCUUUCCAGACGCGCGUUGAGCCUUCUAUCCUUGCUCCUAGCAAAUGUGGCAAUAUGUAUACUGCCAGUCUUUACUGUUCUCUUCUCAGUCUGCUUAGCAAUAUUGACGCCAAGGACGCUCGAGGCAAGCUCAUCGGCAUGUUCAGUUACGGAAGCGGCAUCGCCAGCACUCUUUUUGGUAUCAAGGUUACCGGUGACAUCUCGGAAAUUGUGCAGAAAGUCGAUCUCAUGAACCGCCUUGCACGUCGUUACAUUGCUACGCCUGAGGAAUACGAAGAGGUAAGAAUGUUUUGCAUAGCAUCAUCAAAUAUUCGGUACUAACAGAAGUCACAGGCCUGUUCCUUGAGAUCAAAGGCGUAUGGUCGCAAGAAUUACACGCCGACUGGAAGCGUAGAGCGCAUGGCGCCUGGUACUUACUACCUCGAGAGUAUCGAUGAAUCCUACUGUAGAACCUAUGCUAGAAAGUAAAUAGCAGGCUCGAGCUUUGUAUAUUUUAAUUGUACGUCGUAGCAAUCGUAUCAGAUACUGUUUUCUGAAAAAAAAAAAAAUAAGCUGGUGUUGUUUUUACUAGGUACUGUAGCUGCUGUUGUGCCUCCCCCACCAGUGACCCAUUCCGGUGCUGUACUCAACGUGGCGGGCUACUGUAGCUG